CACAGUCAAUCACAUCAUCUCCAAGGCAAGGCAAGGAAUAGCCACUGGCUGAGAGUGGCUAAGAUGAAUGGCGCAACAUGGCAAAAAAAGUAACCAAAUGAUAUGUCUGGUGAUAUAUCCAGGGGGGGCAGUAUAAGUAUUUAGUAGAAGUAGACAACCUGCAAGUUCGUAGUCCCCCCUCUUAUCAGUCUCAACCCCGCCUAUUUUAUCUGCCACCUUAUAUUUAGCUUCUUCUUCCUAUCACUAUCUUCGCACUUUCAUCCAUCUGUCAAACCACUCCUGCACUAUUCGCCUACAGACUCUUUACUCUGCACGACGACUUCUGUCUCACCAAACCAGCAAAAUGCCUCUCUACAACGUCACCCUGAAGAAGGACGCUCCCCAGGAGCAACUCGAGAAGGCCAAGCAGCAAGCAAGAGAACAAGGCGGAACCAUCCAACACGAGUACAGCCUCAUCAAGGGCUUCACCGUCGAGUACCCGGAUGACCACGUCAACGCCCUCCAAACCACCGAGCACAUCCACGUCGAACAGGAUGGUGAAGUCCGGACCCAGUAGACGAGACAAUGACGUCCACUGCCUAUCUUUCGAUCGACAAUAUCCGUAUUCGAGUCUGGGGUGGUCAUAAAAACGAACAAAAACAAAAAGAAAGGCUGGAUACCCUGGGAGCGGACGAUGGCAACGGAUAAGGACACUUGAUGGCUCAAUAGUCCUCCGACCAGACUCGUGAUCAGAUACUAGCAGGGGGUGCAUUUGUAUACACGUAUACGUACAUACAACGCGAGCACGAAGUUACGGAUAUUGCGAUCGUUUACGGUGAGGUCGGGUUGCUAUGACCAAGUCCACACGGUGUUCAGAGCAGAUAUCCCGGA